AUGGAUCGCAGAAUCGCCUACAUUAUUAUUGCCUUGGUGGCAGCCAUCCUCUUCUUCGUGGCGAUCGGAUACAGCGGUUGGGUGUGUAGUGGUAGUAUUCUUGGCCCCAAUUGCCUCAAAAGCAAGGUGAAUGAAGCUACUGGUGCUCUUCUCCUCACUGCCGGUCUACUCGUCCUCAUCGCGGGCAUCUUUCUCAUUCUCCUCGUGGUUACGGGAACCAGGUGGAGUGAGAUUGCCUCUGCUAUCAUUGCCACUCUCGCUGCAAUCAUGGCCAUCGCCGGAGUCUUCUACUACCUCGAUCACAUGAAAAUUUGGUCACCCUUCAUUGCCACCAUUGCCAUGUCUCUCUCCGUCGCGUUGGCCGCCAUUCUUCUCUUCGAUCUCAUCACCGGCAGUACCUAA